AUGGCGGCGACGUCUCCAGCAGUCGUCCAGGGCCUCGGCACCCCUUUCCUCUCCGGAGGUAGGAGCAGCCGCGCCCUCCUCUCCGCCGCCAUCGUCGGAGGCAGUCGGGGCGCCGCCGCGGUCGCCCCCCGGAGGCUCGUCGUGGCUGCUGUUGCGCAGAAGAAGUCCUGGAUUCCUGGUGUCAAGGCCGGUGGCAACUUGGUCGACCCUGAAUGGCUUGACGGAUCGUAAGUUCACCAUCGUCUUCUUUAUCGUCUUCUUUAUCGUCUUCAUCAUCUCGUCCUACGACUGAUACUAACUGUUUGGCUGUGGAUGAAUGAAUGCUAGUCUCCCCGGCGACUAUGGUUUCGACCCGUUGGGCCUGGGCAAGGACCCCGCGUUCCUCAAGUGGUACAGAGAAGCGGAGCUGAUCCACGGCCGGUGGGCGAUGGCAGCCGUGGUCGGCAUCUUCGUCGGCCAGGCCUGGAGCGGCAUCCCAUGGUUCGAGGCCGGCGCCGACCCAGGCGCCAUCGCCCCCUUCUCCUUCGGGACCCUCCUCGGCACGCAGCUGCUACUGAUGGGUUGGGUAGAGAGCAAGCGGUGGGUCGACUUCUUCAAUCCCGACUCCCAGUCGGUGGAGUGGGCCACUCCCUGGUCUCGCACCGCCGGCAACUUCGCUAACGCCACCGGCGAGCAGGGCUACCCCGGCGGCAAGUUCUUCGAUCCUCUCUCCUUCGCCGGCACCCUCCAGGACGGCGUCUACAUUCCCGACGUGGACAAGCUGGAGAGGCUCAAGCUGGCGGAGAUCAAGCAUGCCCGCCUCGCCAUGCUGGCCAUGCUCAUAUUCUACUUUGAGGCCGGCCAGGGGAAGACCCCACUCGGCGCCCUCGGGUUGUAG